UGUCAAGAAACGUCAGAAACUUUCACCGUUUGUUUUGUGUUUUUAUUAUAACAAUAUAAUUUAUUCCUUUAUUGUUUAAUUUCUCCUGCUUCAUAAAUAAGUUCCUACACGCCUUAUUUGACACCGUUCCCAGUGUAUAACAGCCACCAUUCGACUCGUUUUAAUAAUCAACCAGGUAAGAUGUCCCCAGAAAUAAAUGGAAACCCGCCAAGUGUUACAAAACGAAAGAAAAACCGUGAGAAAAAGCCCCAAAUGGACGACCUGCAAAACUUCGACCUCAACAUGCCCAGCUGCAAUUACUUCCCCGUAAGUCAACUACCAUAUCCCAUGCCCGAAAUGGCCAAUUACUAUCCGUAUAUGAACUAUACAAACCCUACCGAGCCUAUGUCCCUUCCAGUUUACCCCAUAAACUACCCAGGCUACCCUUGCCCAGGAAACAUAAUGGGUAGCACCGGAAACGUAUCCAGACAUUCCACGCUAUCAAACCACACAUUUAAUUUACCAAACGAUACCCGUGAAUACAUAAGCCUUCCAGUUUUAAACAAUGACUUCAUAGAGGACUCGAAGCGUAGAUUUUCAGACCCAGGCCUCCCCAACGAUAGCGAUUCAGGCUCGAAUUCUUGUGACGAAACAGUACAAAAACUCACACAGCAGAUAAAUGCUUUGAAGGAAAGUAACAAUAGAUUAUCAAGGGAAGUAAUGGAAUUAAGAAUAGAAAUGAAUUUGAUGAAGCAACAUCAGGCCAAUCGGCAUUACGAAAGGGAAUACGAGCCAGGGAUGCUUGUGGAUGUUAUUAGGGAGGUAAGGGAGGCAGCAAGGGUCAGAGAAGACGCAUUGCUGGCGAGGGUGAAGCAUAUUAUGGAAGAAAAACAUCUGAAUGUGAACCAACUAAGCAUGGUGUCAGAAAAAAACAGACAUAACGACCAAACAGACCGACGAAUCUCCAAGCUAGAAGAGCAACUGAAGAGCUUAACAGUGAGCAACUGUUCAAGGUCUCUAGAUUCCACAAGUGCCUUAAACUCCUCGUCCCUCACUUUGACCGACGAAAAGACCAAAUCUGCCCGCCAGGUCAUGGACCUAGAAAGAGAAGCCUUAGAACUAAGACGAGAGCUACAAGAUACCCGCGCCAAGAAGGAAGAAGCUGACCAAAAAAUCCUUAAGUUGUCAAAUAUGCUGCGGCGUAGCGAUGCAGCCAGCACCUCGGAGCCCUCUGACGACGGAAAAACUUCGGCGGACAGUCUCUCGACCGUCACGACCAUCGCAUCAUCGGUUGCUUCCCCCAGGGUGAUUUUGACCGGUCCGGUCACUAGUUUGUAAACGGCAACACCCGAUUGGCGAAUCCGUCCUAGCAAUGUUGCCACAGGGUUCAAAACAGCAGAGGUAUCUGCUGUUUGAAAAAAGAAUACUUUACUAGUUUAUCUUAUUUUAUUAGUCGUUAGGGGUUGCUUGAAUCAGAACGCAUUGACUGCAUGUAAUACUGCUGUGGCAACACCGAUUCGUAAUCGUCACGACUCGUGGAUAUCCGCCUCUACUGUGUUGCCAUAUACUCGAAGAAGUAGUAAAUAUUUUCGUUUUGUCGUUUUGAUUCAAGCACCAUUCAUGCGCCUUAAUAACUUAAACCGACUGAUUCCCAAAACAAUCACAAUAAUUAUUGGUUAAUGUAUACUAAAAAAAAGUGUGUUAACGCGCAUUCCAUUGAAGGGUUAGUGAAUUUAUCGUUAAUGUAAGUAAAUUAGGUUUAAGGGUACUAAACGAGUUAUAAUAUACAUCCUAAUUGACUGAUUAAAUGAAUCUGACUUAUUCGUUGCCAUAUUUCGACUAAUUAAUGAUUUGUUGCUCUCUAAAAUAAAUAUGGUGAAAUAGAUAGGACACCCCCAUCUCGAUUUGGUGCUAAAAAAGGCCUUGAAAUUGUCAAUGUUUAAUGUGUAUUUUUAGUUUUAAUUUAUUAAGCAUACACACUGUUAUAGGUAGAAGCAAUAGCUGGGUAAUAAAUCAAAAAACAAUCGAUAAGGGCUUUCCCUAGAUUAAAAUAAAUAUUAAUUUAUCUAAUACAUUUUAUGGGUUAUAGGGUUAUCGUCACUGUUAUCACAUAUCUCACAACCUGUUAGGCCUAGAAUUAAUUUCUUGUUUUGAUACUGAAUAAAGUUAUUUUUUUAACUA